CACACCGAAAGCAGGAGCAAUUUGCUCGAACUUGCUGGAAGUUCUUAAAGUUUUUGUCAAGAAAUACGUUUUCACUUAAAAAGAAAUUUUAAUUUUUCAGUUACCAUUUCUAAGAUGAAACAUAAAGAUCAUAAGAAAGUGAAAAAGCCAAAAAGGGAUAAACAUUCCAAGUCUCAUCGAGAUGGCUCAAGGAAAUCCAAGAAAUAUCUGAAAUCUAAGGAAAAUGAAUGGAAGGAAGAGGAGUUAAAUACGAAUAGAGAGCUGGAAUGCAAUAGAGUUUAUACGAAACCGCCCAUUUCGGACUUCGAUGUGCUCAGCAUCUAUGCGGAUAUAUCAAAGCUGUGCGCUAUAGAGCGUUUUCUGAAUAUGCUCUAUCGUCCUUUCACUUGCUUUGUGCGCACGAAUUGCGCUUUUAAGCUCUCUGAAUUGGACUGCUUUCUGUCGGACACGCGCUACGAGCCGGAUAAGCACUCGGCUCUGCUCAUACGGCUCUCGAGUCCGUCGUGCAGCUUACGGCUUUAUGAUAAUGGCAACAUCUGCUGCAAGGGCUAUUCGUACGAUAGUGCCGCUCUAGGCAUACAUCGUUUCAUUGGCACCAUGGAGCAUCUGGGCUAUACGCCCGUGUUUCAACAUCCCCGCUUUAACGUGGUCAAUGCGACAUUCUGUAUGCCUUUCUCGAUCAACUUGGCCCAGCUGCACUUGGAGUACUGCGAAGAUUGCCAUUACAGGCCCGAAACACAUCCAUAUCUAAUAUACAAGAUACGCAAUUCAUCCAUUAAGUUGGCCAUCUUUGCCGUUGGCUAUAUCUAUGUAAUGCUGUCGUCGCAGCCGCGCUACACCCAGAAGGCGAUCGCUUUUAUAAUGCCCAUACUAUUUCGGCACAGAGCUGGCCAGAGAUCCCUUGAUCCAGAGCUGAGCAUCGGCGACAUCAAUUUCAAAUUGCUGUGGGAGAAUGAAUUCCAGAAGGCAUACCAAGGCGUACUUAAAUAUUCCUGAUGAGCUGUAACCAUGUGCAACAUUGUUGAUGUUAGCUCUUCUGCUUCGUCUUUUUGCUGUUGCCAAACUUUUGUUUUUCAUACAUGAAAAUAAAACUUUUUUAUAUAUAAGCUGCAUAUCCGGUAUAUUCUCAUAAAUGUCGAAAUGCACCGCUCGGAGUACAGGAAAACUUUUUCGGUUUAGUUAUUUAAAUGACAAGAGCCGUUGCGCCAA